AUGGAAAGUGAAUUGUGUCAGGAUGAGGUUAAAGUUGAAAUGCAAUCUAAAAGGACUGAUUCUCUUGAUGGUAUGAAGAAAAGAACAAGUAAAACAGCAUACCAUUGUGAAUUCUGUGGUAAAUCAUUCUCUCAUCACAUUGCUAGUCACAAACGUAUUCAUACUGGAGAGAAGCCAUAUCACUGUGAGAUCUGUGGUAAAUUUUUCUCUGCAAAUUAUACCCUAACUAACCACAAACGUAUUCAUACAGAGAAGCGAUAUCACUGUGAGAUGUGUGGUAAAUCAUUCUCUCGAAGACAUCACAUUGCUAGUCACAAACAUAUUCAUACAGGUGAGAAGCCAUAUCACUGUGAGAUCUGUGAUGAGUCAUUCUCUCAAAAAAGUGACUUAACUGCACAUGUAGGGAUUCAUACAGAAAAAACGGAAGUGAUAUGUAGGAAAAAUUCUCUUGCACUUGAGUGGGAGAUCUUUGGAAAAUUGUUCCUUCUGAAAAAGGUCAGGACAGGAGAGACACCAUAUCACUGUGAUGUCUGUGGUAAAUCUUUCUCUCAAUGUGAUAGUUUAACUAAACACCAUCGUAUUCAUACAGAAGAAAAGCCAUAUCCCUGUGAUAUCUGUGGUAAAUCAUUUUCUGAGACAGCAAGUAACCCAGCAAUUCCAGAGACUGUUAUUUAA